AUGCACCCCAUCUGGGAACAUUUCUCCCCAUUUCAGCUUCUGCCUGGGAACCAACAAGUGCUCAAGGCGAUGGCCGUUGCGUUGAGGCUUCUGCUAGCGCUAGCAGUUACAGUGCAUUACGCAGCUGCGGGGCCUGAGUAUUACAAUCCAUGGUACAUCAUCAACAUUGCGACCGUCGUCUCCAUGUCCGAUGAAAGAGAGCAAGCAAAUUCGUCGUCUUCAGUGAUUGAAGACUUUGGGGAGCGACUCGAUGUGGUGCUAGUAGGCAAAGAUUCAAUCUCGGACGCUUGGAAUGACGCUGCAGAUGGCUACGCCGUCGCAGCUAACAAUAAGAUUCUGUACCAGACAGCGAGCUGGUCCCUAAUUGAAGACGGAACGCAGGGUGGCAAGUUUUCGUCGUUCUGGGCACGAUUCCAGGCUGUUAACGCUAAUGCUUCGUUCAUGUCGAUGUGCGCUAUGAUGGCGGAGUGGGACAGCUCGUGGAAGGAGAACAAGGCGGUUCUGUCGGCUGUCGACGUUAUGGAUCGUCUAGACAGCAAAUGCGAGGAGAACGACACCAUCGCUCUAGCUUUCAACACUGCGGUCUCGGAUAAUGCGGUGCGCUAUUUACAGGGGGAAAUCGCAGUCAAUGGCGUCAUUUCUCCAUUCAUGAUGCACAAGGUGGAGAGCUCAAAGAUUCCUGAAGCCGCUGACCGUUUGUUCGUCCGUCUAGCCGAUGGACUUUGCCCUCGAGACGAGUCGGCCAAAGCAUUAUCUUCUCAAAUGCAAUCGGAAGUCCCAUUGAUAAGCCUCUUCAGAGGUGAAGUAUGUGCUCCUUUCUUCGGCCCUAAAAACUCGCAGACAUCGAACGAAGAGAGUGAUCACAACGAUUCAGACUGGAAGGGAGAUCUUCGGUUCAUCAUUCCUGUUGGUGCAUGCGUCUUCGUGCUCGGAUGCGCUGGCUUGGUCUACCUUUUACGAAGAAACAAGAAGGAGUCUACCAAAUCCGAGACGGCGGAAACCCCCAAGGAAGAAGACAAGCAGGAUCCUUCCAGUCUACCUUACGUGCUUUCUCGAAAUUCUUCUAUCUCGGAUGUGAGGAGUGAUGCUGCUCCUGCUGGCUAUGCUGCCGCCGCUGACGAUCGAGUCCUGUAUCAAAGAGCAACCUGGGCAUUACGUGAAGAAGGAGCUCAGUACGAGCAGGUAUCGACGUUCUGGGCAAUAUUUCAUGUAGCGAACUCUUCAGCUUCGGUGUCAUCACCUCUGCUGAUUUGCUUUAUGGUAGUGGAGUGGGAAGCCAGUUCUUGGUCAGAAAGCAAUGCAGCCCAAGACGCCGUCGAGAUUGUGGAUCGAGUGCAGAAUAACUGCGGUAAGAACGAUACCAUUAUUCUGGCGUUCACUUCUGCCGUCACGGAUACCGUAGCUGAGUAUCUGGAGGGGAAAUCUGCUGUGAACGAUACCGUGGCACCGAUCACACUUCAAAACGUAGAAGGCUUCCAUCUUCUUGAUACAGAGCAAGAAGCAUCAACGCGCGAAUUUCUUUUCGUUCGACUUGGCGGCAGCACUUGUAUUGGAGACGCAUUAGCAGGAGGGCCAUCGGAUUCGUUGAGCAGCUCAAAUUCCAUGGUUAUGAGCCUUUACACAGGGGAUUAUUGCAACGAACUGGAGCAGAUACGACCCAAUGUAUCUGAUGACGAUAAUGAUCCCGAUGACUCGGAUUGA